GUUCAUACGCCGUAUUCGGCUCCGCGGGAUACCGUGUGAAUUGUCUGAUUGGAUAAUGCUUUAUCACAUGACAGCUCUGGGGUGCAGGUGAACAAGCAGGUGGGAUGGCGGCAGAUUUGACUCCUAAUCCCAGGUUCCGAAGGAUCCGCAGUAUGGGAGAGCUCCGAGCCCGCCGGAGAGGCUACAAAGGACCCUUCGAGGCAACCCAUUUGUGGAACAGUAUCAUCCAUGGCCUGAAAACUCAAGUGGAAGUAAGGAGCAGACGCCAGCAUCUCCGAACAUACCCAAACUGUUUCCUUGGCUCUGACGCUGUAGAUGUUGUUCUGUGUCAUCUUAUGCAAAAUAUGUAUUUAAGCAGCUAUGAUAUAUCUCGGACUAAAGGCAUACAGUUGUGCCAAGCACUCAUGGAUCACAAAAUAUUUGAGCCCGUUGGUUCAAAGCUUUUUAAGGCUGAAGCUGAACUUGUCUUUGAGGACAGCAAUAGUCAUUUAUACCGAUUUGUGGAGUCCAAAGGCGGUCCAGUCUACUCGGUAGACGAUAAGAGCUUUGGGAAGGAGAGGAGACGGUCCAGGACGGACCGUAUUGUAACAAUAUGUAACCCUUUAGCCUUAGACUCUGCAAACGAGAAGCUAAAUAUACUGCUUCACUGCAUUUGUGAGCAUCCUAAUGCACAUAUGACCUCUGAAAUCGGUAAACAAACCAGUGCCCUGUCACAAAAAGAUACUGAAAAUGUGUGGAAACAGCAGGUUAUGGUACGACUUUUACAGCUUGUAGACAUACCCAUUUUGGAAGACAUCUUGGAUUCCCCAGCAAAAGCGGACAAGAAGCAUUUCACAGAUUAUAUUGUUUCAAAUACUUUCUUAGACCGAGAAAUCAUGCAGACACUACAACUUCCAAAGUUGGAUAAAUGGCUUGCUGCAGCAGUGGACUGCUUGGAGUAUUUUCCAGAUGAGCAAAUUGUGAUGCUAAGUCAACAACUACCACAGCGUUCUGAGGACAAUUUGGAUCUUUAUAAGAAGAUGCUGUUUGAUGUUGUUGCAAAAUAUUACUCACAAGAGAGAGACCCGUUUAUCGAAGGGCAAAUGGUUACGAUUCUGCCUGGAGUUGUUGAACUCAUGGAACAAGGAAAAAGAAACCAAGCUUUGGAAGCCAUCCAACUUUAUCUAAGGCUGCUAAUGCCACAAGCCAGAGAAGAGCUCCGCAGAUUAAUAACAUUCAUGACAACUGCCUCUGAAUCUGAUGCUUAUAGGUUGCAGAAGCAGUUUGAUAACAAGGUUAUAGUGAUGAAAACCUUUACUAAAGUGAUUGCACAGAACACUGUGGUAUCAAAAGCACAAAGUGAAGAAUUUUCUGUGUUUUUAAUCGAAAAAUUCAGCGAACUCUUUAAGACUCCCAUGGAGUUGUUGGAUCUUGUAAGCACAAAAUUAAGAAGUCUACAGAAUGGAUUGGAUCCAGAUGACCAUGCAGGCUUCACGUUUUGUCAGCGUUUAACGCCUGAAGAAUAUGAAAGGGAGAGGUUUUCAUACACCAUAAGGGAAAUCCAGCAGUUAAAGGCAGCGGUGGACAGGAAUUGUUCUAUUCCAGAUAAGAAGAAAAAGAAAAUGAUGAAAGAAUUCCAGAAGUAUCAUCCUUCUGCUUUCAGUGGCCCAGUCCCAACAUGAUCCAAUUACAGUGGUGAAUUUUUAUGCACUUUUUGUUAAUUGUAAGAUGUUAUGUUCGCCUUUUAAGGAAAGAUGCAGAAAUUCCUUCUGCUACUUUCCAUGAUCUGCUUUUUGCACAAAUUUAAUAUAGGGGAUAUAUAAUUUAUUGCAGUGUUUUUGGGAUGGUUUUCCCUGGUUCUAAUUUGGCAAAUACUAAUCUGUGAGGGCUUAUUGAGUUUCUUAGGGGAUUGAUUUUUACAAUGCUGGUGUUGUCUAAGUAUGCAUGAAUGCUAGAUACUAACACAUGGCUUGUGAUCUCUGCAUGCUUAUUGGCAUCCGGUGCAGCAGUAUAGUAAUUGUUGAAAAUAAACUUGUACAAAUGCGUUCUAUAGAAAGUUAUGCUGCACUGAAUAUAUUGUGCUCUAUUUACUACAAGCAAAUAAGUUCACUUUGCAAGGGAACUAUGCCUUCAAUUUAAAGUGAUACUAAAGC